UUUGGUUUUAUCUUUUGGUUUGUGACCAGUGAAGUUCUCUCUCCCUCCUGAAGAAAGGGAGAGAUUUUGAAGCAAGGAAAAAAAAGGGGAAAGAAAAUCAUAAGGAAAGAGAGAGGAAAAAAUAGUGUUCUCUCCGAAGGAGGUGAUAGACGAAGGAGUUGAAGAAAGUAAGAGAAAAAGGAAAAAGGAAAUCAUAAAACAAGAACUACCCAAAUAAACAAAAAAACAAACAGCCCCCCUUCACCCCACCCCCCCUUCAAACGCAAAGUAAAACACACAAACCAAAACAAAAAACCGGGGACAUAAGCGAGUGUGUUUGGUCGGGCAUGUUAUCAGAAGUACAGCCGUGUUACAGCCUGCCUCCUGUAUGAAACUCCGAAACCCUGACUCGCAGAAGAUGGAAGUACUGUAUCCGGGAAACCUAGCUCUCUUGAGCAUGUUCCUCAAGAAUCCUGACAACGAGAAAGAUGAAAUUAAGAAAGAUGAAAGAAAGAAAGGGAACCUGCGCGAUACGUGUGCGGGACGUGCGGCGCCGUGCUAGGCUCCGCGUGGUCGCUCGUGCAGCACGUGCAGUCCUCGCACGGCAUCAUCAUCUACCAGGAGGCGCCCGGGGCCACCCCCCUGUCCACGCCCUCGACGCCCCCGGGCCUUCCGCGCCCGUCGCACUCGUCCCCGCUGGCGUCCGUGUCGUCCACCGCCCCCACGGCGUCCGCGCCCCACCCGCCGCCCCUGCAGCUGCUGGACCCCGCCAAGGUGGACCUGACCAAGGUGGACAUCACCAAGGUGGACCUGUCCAAGGUCGACCUCAGCAAGAUCGUCCCGCCCGUCACUUCGGGCGCCACGCCUCUGCCGCCUCACCCGCCCGUGACGGCGCCCCUCCUCGACCCGACACAUCCGUUCAACCUGCUGCGGAUGCCUCUCGGAGACGCCCGCGCGCCCUUCCCCCCCGGACUCGCUCCGCCCUUCGUGCGGCCGGGCCACGACUUCCGCAUGGACCAGCUCCUGCAGGAAGGUCUCCGUCUCAAUCCCGGUCUGUUGCCGCCGCACUUCGAACGGCCGCCCUUUCUUGACCCCGGGCUGGGUGCACCCCGCCAUACGGCGCCCACGCCCCUAACUGCUGGCGGAGACCCCAACCUUGAUUUCUACUCACAGCGACUACGGCAGCUGGCGGGCACGACCAGCCCCACCAGCUCCACCUCACCGCGGAAGCCCUUGCCAACGCCUCCUCCCCCGCCCUUCUCCUCCCCCAACGCCCCCACUCCCUCCAGCCUGGCGCCCUCACAGACGCCCACCUCCACCCGAUGCGAGGCCCUCGCGCAGCAGCACGAGAGGCGCUUCAAGUGCUCCACGUGCUGCAAGUGCUUCCGGUGGGAGAGCAACCUAGCCAUCCACCAGCGCUUGCACACGGGCGAGAAGGACAUCCGCUGCCCGAGAUGCCCGGAGGCGCUGCCGACACCGCAGAAGCUCCGCAUGCACAUGAAGGCCCACAGGAAGAACUGCAACACCGAGAGCACAUCGCCCGACUCCUCGCGCCCUCAAACCGAAGACGACGUCGACGACGAGGAGGAGGAAGAGGAGGAAGAGGAGGAGGAGGACGAGGAGUUGGACGAUGAGGAGGACAACCCCUCCGUGUGCGACAGCAAUGACGAGGACGACGACAUUGUGGAGGAGGAGGCCGAGGACGACGAGCCGGAGGACCUGUCGACCACGUCCAAAUCCACGGGCUCGGCGCCCGCCCCGCAGAGCGUCUCCUCCAGCACCACAGACAGCAACCACAAGUCCAGAGCCGACCAGCAGAAGUCCGUGGUCGGGGAGCUCAUGGACAAGUUCGGGCUGGCCAACAUCUCGGCGUACAGCGAGGCCUACCAUCAGGCCCUGAAGGAGUCGGGCCGCCUCCCGCCGCCGCACAUCGGCAAGGACGGCGAGAAGAUCCACACCAACGGCAUGGAGAAGCUCAAGCUACGAGAUGACCUGACCAAGGGCCUGAUGGGCACGCAGCCCUCGCUCGACCUCGCCCACCAGACGCUGCUGGGCGCCUUCGACAACCCGUACGAGGCCCAGAAGCGGCUGGCAGCCGCGCAGAGGGACAGCAGCCUGUACGCAGGCCUGUGGCUCCCCAACCUGGCUGGCACCGGCACCACCCACAGGGACCUGUUCCCGGGGCUCCCGCCCUCAGAGGGGAACUUCUUGCAGCGGAAGAUCCUCGACGGCGGCGUAAAGGGCGGCGAGCUGUCCCUCGCGAAGCCGGGCACGAGCUCGGCGCCCAAUACGCCCAUCUCGCUGGUGCCGCCGUCGAAGAAGGAGAAGCGGAACGACACGUGCGAGUUCUGCGGCAAGGUAUUCAAGAACUGCUCCAACCUGACGGUGCACCGGCGGUCCCACACCGGCGAGAAGCCCUACAAGUGCGACCUGUGCAGCUACGCCUGCGCGCAGAGCUCCAAGCUGACCCGGCACAUGAAGACGCACGGCCGCAUCGGCAAGGACGUCUACCGCUGCCGCUUCUGCGACAUGCCCUUCAGCGUGGCCUCCACGCUGGAGAAGCACAUGCGCAAGUGCGUCGUCAACCAGAACAAGAAGGGGCUGUUCCCGCCGCUGUCCGGCUCGCACGACGGCCUCGACUCGUACAAGGGCCUGCACUUCACGCCCGUCAUCAGCGACGACUCGUCCAAGUCGGGCGGCCUCUUCUCGCCGCACUUCACGGCCGCCGCCGCCGCCAACACCUCCAACGACGACACCGGCGACUCCUCCAACUUGUCGGGCCCCGGGUCUUGAGAUUGGGCCCCCGUGGUAGCGCCCCCUUUGCCGCCGCCAGGGACCCAGGGGCUCACCCCCCCGACUCUGGGCUUCUCCAGAGCGGCUACUCACCCGUGGGUGACUUCGGGCCGCCCACCGCCGCCACUCUUACUUAGGGGAGUGUCUGGCCCUCUGGCCCCGACGGCGCCGCCCUGGCCCUCGCCCGUGGUGGCACGCGCCCCUCUGACGCCCUCGCGAGCCCCUGCCCCGCCCACGUGACCACCGGGGGGGGCGGCAGGGCGGGUGGUGUAGCCCGCACAUUCCCACACCUCGCGUCACCUGACUUCCCAGUGAGCGGCGCCCCUCCCGCCCACGCGGACUUGGGCGCCUCAACAAGCUAGUCCUCUGUGUUGUGCAACGGUAACAGCAGCAGCAGCAGCAGCAGCCAGGAGGGCAGCACGCGGACACUCAGCCUAUUGUUCCUAUUGAUGUUAUGUGUUGUGUAUUGUAUGUUGUCCUAACUUACCUGGUCACAACGGCGGUUCAUGGCGGCGCCGCGGCCCGAGUGCCACGGUGCCAAGUUCGCCGCGAGAGGGCCGCACAGCCGGGCCGCACAGCCGGGCCGCAUCUCCCGGACACAGGGAGAGGAAAGGAAGCCGCAGACACCGAGACACGCCUCAAGACCAUCCAGAAUGCAAAUGUUCUUUUUCGAAUCUUAUUUUUGACUCUUUGAUCAUUAUUUUAUCCCUUCGCUAAUUUAUUAUUAUUAUUAUUAUUAUUAUUAUUAUUAUUAUUAUUAUUAUUAUCAUUGUCAUUGUUAAUCUAUUCUUAGCUCAAUCUCUAUAGUAUGAUUCAUGACUUUCUCCUCGGGAAUAGAUUUAUUUAGAUUUUUUUUCCACACCACUUUUUAAAAAAAGAAGAAAAAAAAAAGAAAAAAAAAGUUCUCUCCUCUUUUCCUUCUUAUUUCAUUCGGUACAAGUUAUCAAAUCUAUCUUCCGUUUCUUCUAUAUUUUUUAUAAUCAGAUUUGUUAUCUUGAUAUGUAAAUGUUUAUGUCAGAGGAGUGUUUUUUUUUUUUUUUUUUUUUUUUUGUUAAGAAAGGUGGUUAAAAAAAAAACUUUGUAAAAUAUAUAUAUAUGAUUAAUAAUGAUAGUUACAAGAAAACAAAAAAACAAAACGAUUAGUUAUUUGGUGCAGAGAUGGAUUUGAAAAAAAUGUCGAUUACCCACCUCAGGGACGCUCACUGACGUAGAGGAAAUGGAAGAAGUGAAUAAAGAAGAAGAGAGAGAAAAACAAAAAAAAAAAAAACAGCAAGAAGGAAAUGUUGUUAUCGAUUUUUCUUUUUCUCUCUCUCUCUCUAUUCUUUAUCGGGGGAUUUUUUAUUUAGAAAUGUAUUCAAAUGUUAUUGAAAAUAUUUGCCUUUUUUUUUUCUUGAUUUGAUUAAUAGUUAGAUUUGCUUUUUUUUCAUUUAAAUCGUUGAUUACGUAACUUGAUAUACGGAAAUGGAUAAUUGUGACUUUAAUUAAUUAUUUUGCUAAAUUGAUCGUUCUCUGAUUUUCUUUUUUUUAAGGGAAGAAAAUGAAAAUAUUUUUAAAAUUAGUUUUUUUUUAACCGAGCGAUAGAAAAUUGCACUUAAGGAAAGGAGAGAUAGGAAGAAAAAAAAAAUAUUUUGAAGAGAAAAAAAGCAAUUUAUGUCUAGUACCUGUAAAAGAUUUUCCAAAAAAAGCAUGGGGAAAUGCAUCUUAAUUUGCGAUGAUCUUCUGUUCUCUCAUUUACUCUUUCUAUCUCAAGUUCUAUUCAAGAAACGAAGUCUCUGUACGCGACAAACCGACGCUGGUCACUUCAGUAUUAUCUCUGUAUUCGUUCUGUUUACAUUCUAGUUUUUUGUUCGCGUUUUCUCAGUCAACUUUCAUCCCACCCGCGAUGACGUCACAGCUGCCUCAGCCGUGACGUCAUAACCGCCUCAGCCGUGACGUCACGUUGAUGCACCGAGCAUGUUAUUCUCAUUUGUAAAUUUUUUUGUUUUGCUCUUUCUUUUUCUAUUUAUCUUUCGUGGCUACAUUCCUUUUUUUUUCUUUCUUUCUUUCUUUCUUUGUUUUGUUAUUAUUGUUCAUUCGCGUUCCGUGGCAUCAGAUAUAAUUUGUUAUUUGCAGUUCAUUUGUUAAUCUUUUCUCAUCCGUUUACGAAUUCUGUGAUUUAAAAACAUAUAAAAGUUAAAAAUCAUAUAAAAAUAAUAGAUAGCAAGUGCCAUACGGUCGAUAAUAGAUUUAGCCUUAUUUCCAUUUCACAUUUUUUCUUUUUUAAUGAUUAUGGUAAUAAUAAAAUAACUACAAACUUCAUUAGCGAUAAUAAUAAUGAUAAUUGCUUCUAUCACCCCCACAUUUUCUUCACUACAAAGCAUUAUUAGUGUCCUGGGCUUUAAUUACCAAUUAUUUAAUUAAAUGUAGGCAGUAGGCCUACUUUUAUAAACCAAAGAUUUUUAGACUAAGAUGCAACACCGUUACAUAUAUAUGUAUAUUUCGUCCCCCCCCCCCUCUCCCCGUUUUUUUUUACAUUUUUUUUUCUCAUCUUCGUCAUCUUUUUUUUUAUUUUUCGUAUUUGUUUCCUACCUUUUUAUUUUAAUUUUGUUUUUUCUCUUCGUUUUGACUUAUACUAUUAGGCGGGUUGCAUUUUGGAAGAGUUUCUCGAAACACUGUAAAUAUUGUAUAUAAGAUAGUUUAUAUUUGUAUAUGUACUGAUAGAUUAUAAACUGAUAUUGAACCUUUAAUCCCUAAUUUGUACAAUCACGAACAUUAAGAGAGAAAAAAAAAACAAUUUAAAAAAUAUGAAGAAUCUCUGCACCAAAUAACAAUAUGAUUUUUUUUAUUAUUAUUGUUAUAUCAAGUGAUUUAGGGAGAACGUCAGUUUUCAUUUCGUUCAGUAUUGUAUUAUUUUGUUCUAAGGUGUUCUAAAGUGUUAUUUUUUUUUGUUCUAUUUGUGUUUACAUUGAUCUAUGGACGUGAUGUGAAGUGGCCAGAACUCUACCCCCCCCCCCCCUUUUGAAAAAGUGUAUAUUGAUGUUGAUGUGAAGUGAUGUGAAAGAGAGACAAGAGAAAUAGUGAGAGAAAGAAACAGAAAAAGAAAAUUUGGUCUAAUAUGUGAAGGAAAAUAGAUCCCACAUCGAGGUUUUCUUUCUGUUAUGUUGUAUUAAAAGGAGAAAAUUGUGAAAUGAGAGACAUUAGUCAUCAUGCGAUUUUAUUUUCUGAAAAAUCAAAAUAAGAUGAAAAAAUCACAUACGUAAGACCAAGAUGUAUGUCAAAGCUAUUGUUCAAUAACCUCACCAAUAUUCAAAUCUAUCACCUUCAUCAUCAAUCAUCACUAUUUGUGCGGCAGGAAAAGCGGAAAGAGAGAAAGAGGAAAAAAGGAGAGAAAAUUUCCCCAUUCUCCUAUAAUAAACUAUCUCCCGGCGCCAGUGCGUGCAAGCGACGGCGUUCUUGCAUGCGUUGUUGUGAGUGACGGCGUUCUUGUAAGCAAAAUCGUGAAUCCGAACGAAGCCAGUUGACCAGAAAGGUUUAAGCGACAGGGUAUUUGCUGAGUCAAGCGUGCUGCCGAUACAAAAUGUUUCUAAUUUAUAUAUAUAAAUAUAUUUUCAUCUCUCCCCCUCCAUUUUUUUUUUUUUUUUCGUUUUUUUGUUGGACUUGUUCGGGUGGAUACACACUGUAGGUUAGAUUUAGAAUGGUUGAGUAAAAAAAAAACAAAGAUAAUAUAUAUAAAUAUAUAUGUAACAUGAUGCAGGGAAAUGAUAAUGAUAUUUAAAAAAAACAAAAAAAAACACUGAAAAUGAAAGUUAACUCCCUCCUUUUCUUUCAUUUAUGAUUUAGGUAUAAUAAUUUAUAUAUGUAUACAAUAAGAACGUAACCCAUUUUGUGAACGGCAUUGCUGAUGUAAAAAAAAGAAAACAAAAAAAAUGUCGUCUGGGUCGUUCAGGCAAUCAUUCAAGCUGGAGGGAAAAACCUUAAAGUGUUCAACUUAACCAUUCAACCAUGUUCAAGGGUGUAGUUCACAAUGAACGAGAUCGGAUAACUGCCGACACAGGUUUUAGACAUAACAAAUUAUACAUACACACGACACAGGUGUAGAUUAGUUAAAAUAGACAAAUCCAUGAUAAGAAAACGUACAUACAGACACAUGAACAGAUCGCUGCUCGCUGUUUCCCUGCUCAUUCGAGGCUGAGAGAAAGAGAGAACGAAAGGAUGUGAGAGAGAGAGAGAGAGAAUUGCUGUGUGACAUCAUGUUCCAUAUUCUUGAAUUGGGGGAAAAAAUAAAUCCCGUUGUUAAUUGUAUGCACAGUUUUUAUUGUAAUUAAGGUAGUACUGAAAUGAUCUUACUUGUAAAAAAAAAAAACUGACUGUCACUGAUUUUUAUUAAUGUUGUUUACAGUCAUUGUGAAGCAGACCUCCUUCUUAGUGUGUUUAGAAGUGACUGAGGAAUCCCUUUGGCUUUACUUUACACGUGACCAAUAAACGCUUGUACCUGCUAUGGACGAUACGUGAACCUGUAGGGGAAAAGGGUGGGAUCCUACUAGAUGGUCUUCGAUCCCCUUUGUUCUCAUCCUCCUCCUCCUCCUCCUCCUCCUCCUCCUCCUGCUCCUCCUCCUCCGCCUCCACCCUCAAACCUCCCCCUUAUUCAUCCUUCCCAUCUCCCAUUUGAUGGCGCUGGAGGAAAAAAAAAAAGGUUCAAAAUCUUUAGAGAAAGAGAGAGAGAGAGCGAGAAUAUGAGUGAGUGAGAGAGAGAAAGAUAAAUUUUUUUUUUUGCAGGCCAUUGCGAGAGUAAAUGCCCAUGAAGUUUCUACAGCUCAGACAAACCCGCGUGUAAAGAUGCUUUUUAUUGAUGGUGCAAACUUAUGUAGGAUUCAAUCAUGUACAGUCCCUCAAAUCCUCUACUGGCGAUAGUCACUUGUCUCCUUAUACGAUCCAACUCUACUACUAAACCUGACAAGCGGUGGAGGACUGUGCACUUUAUACUCUCAUCUAUUUAUUAGAAUACAAUUGGCGUGAAAAGAAUCUUUGUACAUGUAGAGUUGAAUAAAUGUAUUUAUCUUCGUCAAA